GGAGCACAGAGGGCCCAUGGGGGGAUGCCGUGUUGCGGGGCUGGGAGAGGGACGGUGCCCUCUGGUGCCAGGGGAUGGAUCUAGCCCAGGGGGGUGUUUGGGUUUAACCCCCCCUGCCUGGCACACGGUUCCCGGCCAGGAGCUCGCGGCGUCGCCCAGCGGGCCUGGGGCUCACGCUCUUCCAGAACGAGUUCUCGUCCUUACACAUCCCUUUCUGCCCCCCAGCCUGCUAGGCACUGGGGAGAUCAGCCCUGCAGGUGGGCCAGGAGGGCUGAGCCCCGCCCCCAAGAUUCGCUGUUUCCUGCCUGCAGUCCUCUCCGGAUCCAGAUUCCCACCCCUGGGGCGACCCAAGGGGGCAGAGAUGCCUUCGUCGGAGAAGGAGCGCAGGGCCCAAAGGCGAAGCAGAGACCCCUCCCCGCCCCGGGGGCCGCAGGGCGGGCGCUGGGACUGGAGCUGCCCCGAGACGCGGCGCCGGCUGGAGGAGCUGUAUUUCCGGGAGCAGGAUUACAUCCGGGCGGGCUCUGAGGACAGCCGCCAGUUCUGGGCCUUCUUUGAGCGGCUCCAGCGCUUCCAGACCCUGAAGGCUGAGGGGGAGCCGGCGCCGCGGGCUCCCCCGGCCCGGGCCGACUCCUCUGCCGCCCCUGGGCUGGCUGGCCUCCCGCAGGAGUACGACCCGCGCUACCGGAUCAACCUGUCGGUGCUGAGCGGGGACGUGGAGGGGCUGGCGCGGGGCAGGAGCGGGGGUCCGCGGCGGGGCCCCGGGGUGCCGGCCGAGCGGCUCUCCCAGUUCCGGGCCGCCCUGCUGCAUUACCUGGACUUCGCCCAGAAGCAGAGCUUUGCCAAGCUGGCCAAGCUGCAGCGGGAGCGGGCGGCCCUGCCCAUUGCCCAGUACCGCGACCGGCUGCUGCGGGCCGUGGCCCAGAACCAGGUGGUGGUGGUAGCCGGCGACACGGGCUGUGGCAAGUCCACACAGGUGCCCCAGUACCUGCUGGCGGCAGGGUACAGUCACGUGGCCUGCACCCAGCCACGCCGCAUCGCCUGCAUCUCGCUGGCCAAGCGGGUGGGCUUUGAGAGCCUGCACCAGUAUGGGGCUGAGGUGGGAUACCAGAUCCGCUUCGAGAGCACCCGCUCCCCGGCCACCAAGAUCCUCUUCCUGACGGAGGGGCUGCUGCUGCGGCAGGUGCAGCGCGAGCCGGCGCUGCCCGGGUACCAGGUGCUGAUUGCCGACGAGGUGCACGAGCGGCACCUGCAUAGCGACUUCCUGCUGGGCGUGCUGCGCCGCCUGCUGCCCGCCCGCCCCGACCUCAAGCUGGUGCUCAUGUCGGCCACCAUCAACAUCCGCCUCUUCGCGGGGUACUUCGGGGGCGCACCCGUGGUGCAGGUGCCUGGGCGGCUCUUCCCCAUCACGGUCGUCUACCAGCCCAUCCCCCAGGAGGAGGCGGCAGCGAGUGGGAAGCCGGAGCGGCUGGAUCCCCGGCCCUACCUGCGGGUGCUGCAGGCCAUCGACCACAAAUACCCGCCCGAGGAGCGGGGCGACCUGCUCGUCUUCCUGAGCGGGGUGGCGGAGAUCGGCGCCGUGCUGGAGGCGGCCCAGGCCUAUGCCACCCACACCCAGCGCUGGGUGGUGCUGCCCCUGCACAGCACCCUCUCCCUUGCGGAGCAGGACAAGGUGUUUGACAUGCCCCCCCCUGGAGUCCGGAAAUGCAUCGUCUCCACUAACAUCGCCGAGACCUCGGUCACCAUCGAUGGGGUGCGCUUUGUGAUGGACUCCGGGAAGGUGAAGGAACUCAGCUAUGACGCCCAGGCCAAGCUGCAGCGGCUGCAGGAGUUCUGGAUCAGCCGGGCCAGCGCCGAGCAGCGGAAGGGGCGUGCGGGCCGGACGGGCCCUGGUGUCUGCUACCGGCUCUACGCUGAGUCUGACUACGACGCCUUCGCCCCCUACCCGGUGCCGGAGAUCCAGCGCGUGGCGCUCGACGCCCUGGUGCUGCAGAUGAAGAGCAUGGGGCUGGGCGACCCCCGGACCUUCCCCUUCCUGGAGCCACCCCCCCAGUCCAGCCUGGAGACGGCCGUGCGCUACUUGAGGGAGCAGGGGGCGCUGGACGGGGCCGAGAGCCUGACGCCCAUCGGGAGCCUGCUGGCCCAGCUGCCCGUGGACGUGGUGAUCGGGAAGAUGCUGGUUCUGGGCGCGCUCUUCGGGCUGGCCGGGCCGGUGCUCACUGUGGCGGCAGCGCUGAGCGUGCAGUCCCCGUUCCUGCGCCCCACGCGCACCAACCCUGACUGUGCCACGGCCCGCCGGCCCCUCGAGAGCCCCCACGGCGACCCGCUGACGCUGCUCAACACCUUCAACGAGUGGGUGCAGGUGAAGUCGGAGCGGGCUGGCGGCUCCCGGAAGUGGUGCCGGCGCCGGGCGCUGGAGGAGCACCGGCUCUACGAGGCGGCCAACCUGCGGCGCCAGUUCCAGGAGCUGCUCCGGGACCACGGUCUGCUGGAGGCCGUGCAGGGGCCGCGGGACAGCUACGCCCGGCAGAGCCGGCACCGGGAGCGCCGGGAGCUGCACCGGCUGCGGCGGCGGCACGAGGAGACAGAGGGGCGGAAGCGCAAGGUGCUGAAGCUGCAGGGAGGGGAGGCCGGCUCCUCCAGCGACGAGGGCGAAGGUGCCGGUGGCGCCGGGCCGCCUGGCGUCGAUAUCCAGGACGUCAGGUUCAAGCUACGGCACAACGUGGACGAGCUCCAGGCUGCGGCCGGCACGGCCCUGUCCUCCCACCAGCUCGCCCUGCUCAAGCUGGUGCUGUGCCGGGGUCUCUACCCCCAGCUGGCCGUGCCCGACCAGUACAACAGCUGCCGCAAGGACUCUGACCAGAUUUUUCACACCAAGAACAAGCAGGGGAUUGUCCUGCACCCGACCUGCGUCUUUGCCGGCAGCCCGGAGCUGCUGCAGGCCACAGAGGAGAAAGCAGAGCCCGGGAGGAGCCGAGGUUCCCAGGACGGGUUGAGCAGCCGGCACCAGCUCCUGGCCUUCGUCUCGCUGCUGGAGACCAACAAGCCCUACCUGGUGAACUGCCUGCGGGCACCGGCUCUGCAGGCUCUCCUGCUGUUCUCCCGCGCCCUGGACACCAGUGCUGACUGCACGCGGCUGGUGGCUGACUCCUGGCUGGAGCUGCACGUGCCGGACAGCACGGCCGCCCUGCGUCUGCUCUCCGCAGCCCUGCAGCUCCGCGCCGCCUGGGAGGGGCUCCUGAACCGGCAGCUGGAGGGGCGGCGCGGGGAGCCAGGGCGCGGGCCGGACCCUCGGGAGGUGGCGACGCUGAGGCAGGGGCUGCUGGACUUCCUGCAGCACGAGGUGCAGUACAGCCUGCGCCGGCUGACGGCGCUGGAGAAGCAGAACCUCUACGUGGGGCCCCAGACGGUGGCGGCUGCGCCCGGGCUCCCGGGGCUGUUCCAGGGGGUGGAGAUGACGCCGGAUGAGGAGAAAGGCGGCUACAGGGUGACCGAGUUCCUGACCUACAACUGCCUCGCGAGCGACGCCGACCUGUACAGCGACUGCCUGCGGAGCUUCUGGACCUGCCCGCACUGCGCCCUCUACCUGCCCGUCACCCCCCUGGAGCGCAUGGCGCACGAGAGCGGCUGCCGGCCCCAGCCCCAGCCCCAGGAGGCCCCCCUGGAAGAGGCCGCUGAGAGUUCAGCCAAAGCCACUGCUCUGCAGAGACCGUAUCACUGCGAUGCCUGCGAGCGGGACUUCAUGUUCACGUCCACAGAGAUCCUGCGGCACAGAAAGCAACACCAGUGACGGCCAAAGCUGUGUGUGGGCCUAGCCCUGACGGGAGCCUAGUGGUCAGAGCAGGGAGCCAGGACUCCUGGGUUCUCUCCCUGGCUCUGGGAGGGGAGUGGGCUCAGCGGGAGGCUGGAGGCCAGGACUCCUGGGUUCUCUCCCUGGCUCUGGGA